AUGGAGGAGUUACCUGGACUUGCUGUAGACAGACUGCAGAUUUUUGAACAAGAGGGAACCAAGCUCCCUCUAAAACCUCAUGCCCCUGUGGACAAAUACUAUGAGGCUCUGCUCACAGGAAACAUGAAGAAGCUGAAGGCCCUCAUUGAUCAGUACUAUGAAGAUGUCAACAUGGUGUUUGAGAUCAAUAAAAAUGAACUGGAGUGGCAGGUACAAAGCCAAGCUGCUUAUGGACUGUCAGGCCUGUGGUCUCUAGAAUACAAGAGAGAACUGACAAACCCCCUCUGCAUCUCAGCCAGCCGUGGACAUACCGCCUGUCUCCGUCAUCUCCUGUUCUGGCGGGCAGAUCCCAAUGCAGCCCCAGGAGGACGGACUGCCUUACAUGAAGCCUGUGAAGGGGGACACACAGAGUGUGCUGAGCUGUUACUGGAGCACAAGGCCAAUGCCAACCUCUUGAGCGAUGAUGGUCGAGCGCCCUUGCACCUCUGCACGAGGCAGGACACGCUCAGGUGUGCCAAAGCAUUGGUAAGAUUCGGUGCCCAAAUUAACCUGCCAAGUGAAGAGGUCCAAGAAACACCUCUUCACAUUGCAGCAAAGCAUGGACUUUAUGACCAUGUGAAUUUGUAUUUGAGGUAUGGUGCCUCUGUGGACAAGAAGAACAGUCUGGAAGAGACAGCACUUAGUGUAGCUUGCAGAGAAGCAAAAGAUGUGGAAAGCCAAGAGAACUAUUUGUCUGUGUGCAAACUACUACUUGUAUAUGGAGCAGAUGUAAACACUGUGGAUGAAGAAGUGAAGACCCCACUUCACAAGGCCUGCAAGAAUGCUCACCACAGCUUGGUCCAGCUCCUUUUACAGAUGAAAGCAGAUGUCAAUGCUAUUGAUUACAACGGGGCAUAUCCAAUGUCGUGUGUCCUGCAGACUGCAGCUUUUAAGCAAGAGCUGAAGCCACAUCUCACAGUGCAAACCUUGCUAAACCAUGGUUCUCAAAAAAUAUGCCCUACAGCUUUUUUCAAGGUGUUGAAAUCUUGUGCCUCGGCUCCAGAAAUCAUUGAAAUCCUUUAUAAUUCUUACCCUCAUCUGCCCAUGUCUGAAAAGUGGGUAGACGUUAUUCCCAACGAAGUUUUCCAAAGGCAUCUUGCUUUCUACAAGGCCUUUGCCAGUCAGAUGCACUCCGUCCGGCAGUUGCAACAUCUGUCUCGCUGUACUAUCAGGAGUCAGUUUGGCAGGAGGUGCCAUCAUCUCAUCCCCUUACUCCCUGUGCCUAAAGCACUGCAAAACUAUCUGCUGCUAAAGCCUGAGGGCAAUCUGCUCUGAAGACCCCACACCAAUCAUCACAUCACAACUUUAUGUUGUGAGACCCCACUAGCACUCGAUAUCUUACCCACAAAUAAAGGGUUUAUCAUUGUGCUUCCAGGGGUUUCAUUCUGAGAGGACUCUACAAUGUGUUGAAACUUUUCAUUGUUCCAGCAUUUCUCUAAAAUAUGCCUUACAAAUCUACUCCAAUAUAGUACGUAUAUUUAAAGGACUGUCUGCUGUCACAUCAACUGGCCAGCUAUGAAGAUCAGAUCCCCAGCUCCUCUUGGCACCUGUAGGCUGACAGAUUAUCACUGACCUGAUUUUUUCUGAUACUGCGUCCCACCCUCAGAACUCCCUUUCCAGAGGGCCUUCCCUCUUUAUUCUCUUUUUGGCACAAUGUCACAUUCUUUUUAUUGUUUAGGUAUUUUAUCUCUUAGUCUUGUUGAUUUCUAAGCUAGCUUUUAACUGUGGGUACUGAUGUGUUUAGCAGCAUAGCUAAACUUUUUUUUUUCAAAUAUUGCAUGUGUUUCUGAGUGUAAUGUUGUUUAUUCCUCCCCCAUUUUAUUUUAUUGUUAAUUGCCUUAAACACAAGUUGUAGAAGAAAAGAGGCCGUAAAUGCACUAAUAAAAUACAUAGAGCUGCCUUCGAAUAGUAUUUUGAAUUCCAUUUCAGUUCAAAAGGAAUCAGCUUGACAAACUAUCUGGUACAAAGUACGGAGAGCAUAUUACUCCAGUAUAGUUUUAGCACUGUUUUCUCACUUGAGGUCUAGAUAAGGUUCCCAUGCUACACAGCUGUUUGGGUUUUAUCCAGCUUAUAGGCCUGCAACCUGGUGCCCGUUGAGACCAUGGCUUGUGUCCAAAACUGUCAUGUCAUGUCAUUGCAAGGUAUGA